AUGGACGUCGCCAUGUUAGGUCAUUCGGAAUCUCCAUCUACAUCUCAAUCGCAAUCUCCAUCUACAUCUCAAUCGCAAUCUCCCUCUAUAUCUACGUCUACAUCGCAAUCUAUAUCUACAUCUCAAUCGCAAUCUAUAUCUACAUCUCAAUCGCAAUCUAUAUCUACAUCUCAAUCGCAAUCUACAUCUCAAUCUACAUCUCAGUCUACAUCUACAUCUACAUCUACAUUUACAUCUACAUCAUCUCAAUCUCAAUCUCCAUCUCCAUCUCCAUCUCCAUCUACAUCGCAAUCGCAAUCUCAAUCUCCAUCUCCAUCGCCAUCUACAUCGCAAUCUCAACUUUGA